AUGUCGCAAACAAGCUCAUCAUCUUUCUUUAAUAACUUCAGUGAAUUUCGAGGCAACGGCAAAUCGAAAAACUUCGAUUUUCGAACGCUUUUCGAUUUCUCAACCCUUCAACCUCAAGUUCGAAAUCAUUUGAAAAAUGUUUACGCCUGCUUAAUGGGCACAACAUUAUGUGCCACAUUAGGUGUACUUAUCUCCAUGACUGGUUGGUUCAAUUAUCCUCUUUUAGCAGUCUUUGGGUCAAUAAUCACAGGUGCUUGGCUCUCCUCACUUGAUUUGAACGCUCGUACUCAAAACAAAUGUUUCGCAUUAAUGGCUGCUACUGGUCUAUUCACUGGCAUGUAUAUCAGCCCAUUGAUCAAUGUGGCCAUUCAAGUUGACCCACAAAUUCCUAUGACAGCACUUUUAAUUACAACAUUCGUUUUCGUCUGCUUUACACUCAGUGCGUUAUUAACACAAAAACGUACUUAUUUAUAUCUCGGAGGUUUACUUGGCACUGGAGCGUCCGUUAUGUUACUGUUGAGUUUCAUGAAUAUCUUCGCUCGUUCACAAUUACUUUUCAAUGCUAAUCUUUAUCUCGGUUUGGUUAUGGCAUGUGGAUACAUUUUGUAUGACACACAAUUAAUUGUCGUACGAGCCAACACUGGGGAUAUGAAUUAUGUCAAACAUGCUCUUCUCCUAUUUGUUGAUUUAAUCGAUUUAUUCGUUCGAAUUUUAGUUAUUUUACUCAAAAAUGCAAAGAGCAACGAAAAGAAGAACAAAAAUCGUUAA